UCUAUCCACCCACAGGAAACCAGCACUGGUGACAUCCAAUAAAAAAAAGAGGAAAACAGCUCCAGCUAGAAGAGUUCUUACCAUGGCAAAGGCAACUGGGCUUGUCUUCAUACUUCUUCUGAUGGCCACCUUCUGUCUUCAGCGUUUGGCGCAGAGAGGGCCUGCUGUGCCAGACAAGUGCUGCUUCAACUUCCAGACAACAAAGAUCAAGAAAGCCAAUAUAGUCACCUAUUACCCCACGAGUCCUGAGUGCCCUCACCGAGCCGUGAUAAUCCAGACUAAAAGGGGCCAAGAAAUCUGUGUUAAAGCCAAUGCUCCGUGGGUGAAAAAAUGCCUAAAAUGGCUCAAGAUAAAGUCCCUUUCUAUUCCCAGCUAGAUGCACCACCAGGAGAGCAUCUUGGAGACGCACCUCCUGCUAUAACUCAUGUGCUGCACUGUAUCUGUCCUCUGGGCAUGCAGGGGUCCUUCUAGCUUGAUUCUUAUGCCUGUACCAUGAAACAUACUCAACCUAUAAUCAUGUGUGGCAGACAAUCUGUCAUAUAUAUAUAUGCAUUUGAGUCCUGGAAGACAUGGACAUAUUGUUAGCCGCUUUCUUGUACCCACAUGGAACUAUAGCUAUAUAGAAAGCAAAGUGAUAUGAUUUGUGUAUGUAAGAAAUAAAGUGAUGU